AUGCCAACACCAAUACCAUUAACAAAAGCUAAAAAUCCACCGCCACUGCCACUCAACAUUAAAUCCAUCAACCAUCCAUCACAUCAGCCAGCAACGGCGACACACCCACACACAACGCUGGCGCCGCAUCAUCAUCAGCAGCCAACGACACAGAAACAUGUUGCCAACGCAACAACAACACCAACAACAACGCGAACGUAUACACCACAAACUACACAAACGAGCACGGGGAUGCCAACGCAGACGACGAGCGCGAAAUACACGAGGAGUCCAACACAACAACAGCAGCAGCAACAACAACACUACCAACAACAUACAACACCAACUACCGCCACAACAACACCGACAAAAAGUACACAACAACAACAGCAGCAACAUCAAAGACUGACACCAGGCGAGCGCACGCGCGCCGCUGCCACUACAAAAACAACAGCAACACCAACAGCAUCAGCGCCAACGUCACGUGAGCACACACCCACGCGCAGCGCACAAUCACAUUCACAACAACAACAACAACAACAACAACAUCAGCAACACAAUCAGUCAUCCUUACAGCGUCAGCCAUCGGUGAAUCAACAAAAAUCACAACAACAACAACACGAACAGAGGCGCGACCUCGAGCGGAAAGACUCACAGCGCGAACGCGAUCGCGCGAAAGAGCGCGAACAUGAGCGCCAGCGUGCACACGCUGAUGCGCGCGAGCACGAACGCGCUCGUGGCCGUGAGUUGGAGCAUGAGCGUGAACGGCAGCGUGAUUAUGCGCACGAACGUGCACGUGAUUACCAACAUGAUCGUGAGUAUGCGCGCGAUCGUGAAUAUACCGCACGUGAGCGUGAGUAUGAGCGUGAGUUGUCACGUGACGCGCGUGAGCAUGAAUAUGAGCGCGAGCUGCCACGUGAUGUGCGUCACAGCGAGUAUGAGCGUGAGCGUGAUUACGCGCGGGAACGUGAGUAUGAGCGAGAGCGCGACUCCGAACGUGAACACGCCCCACCACCGUCAUCAGCACGCACAACACAACCAUAUCAACAACAACAAGCCCAUCAUCACCAACAACAAACACAUUACAAUAAAACGAAUUAUAAUUCCGUUUACCAGUAA